AUGGCCGACCAUCAUCAUCUCCUCCUCUUCUCAUUCUUCUUUGCUUCCUUCCUUUGCCAUGGAGUUUUCGAGGUCCAAGCUUCACACUAUGUUUCGAGCUUUCACCAUGUCUCCAAAACUUCCUAUCCCACACACCAGCCUUACAGAACUGGAUACCAUUUCCAGCCUGCCAAGCAUUGGAUCAAUGCACCUAUGCUUUACAAAGGAGUGUACCACUUGUUCUACCAAUACAACCCCAAAGGAGCCAAGUGGGGGAACAUCGUAUGGGCCCACUCAACCUCCACCGACAUGAUCAACUGGUCGCCACGUGGCUACGGCGUCUACCCAUCUCAACGUUCAGACAUCAACGGAACCUGGUCCGGUUCGGCCACAUUCCUCCACGACGGCGUCCCGGCCAUCCUCUACACCGGAAUCGACCCGGACCAAAACCAGGUCCAGAACAUGGUCGUGCCCGAAAACCCACUCGACCCGUACCUCAACAAAUGGGUGAAAAAACACGAGAACCCCUUAAUGGAACCAACUCAACAGAACCGCAUCAACGCGUCGUCGUUUCGUGACCCGACCACGGCGUGGCUUGGACCGGACUCCACGUGGCGGUUGGUCGUCGGCAGCAAGCACAACGAGAAAGGGAUGGCCAUCUUGUACCGGAGCAAGGACUUCAUCAACUGGAUGGAGGCCGACCGCCCUCUUCACUCCACGGAAGGGACCGGAAUGUGGGAGUGUCCCGAUUUCUACCCGGUCCUCGAUGUCUCGGGUGGUUCUGAAGUCGGGCUGGACACCUCUGUGCUGGGCCCGAACGUGAAGCAUGUGUUGAAGGUGAGUCUAGACGACACGAAACACGACCACUACACGAUUGGGAAGUAUGACCCAUUCGCGGAUGUCUAUAAACCGGACCACGACGGGCUGGCUGACCAGGAUCUAGGGUUGCGGUACGAUUAUGGGAAGUACUACGCGUCAAAGACGUUCUUCGACUGGGGGAAGAAUCGUCGCAUCCUGCUGGGUUGGGUCAACGAGUCCUCCCCUGUGGAUGAUGAUAUUGCGAAGGGAUGGGCUGGGGUGCAUACAAUCCCCAGGAAGAUAUGGCUGGACAAAUCGGGGAAGCAAUUAGUUCAAUGGCCGAUCGAGGAAGUAGAGAAGCUUAGAGUGAGAGGUGUGAAUGUGCCAUGCCAAGAGCUGAAAUCUGGUUCGGUACAUGAAGUGACGGGCGUGACAGCAGAACAGGCGGAUGUGGAGAUCUCGUUUGGGAAACUGGACUUGAGCAAGGCAGAAAAGUUGGACCCAAGCUGGACCGACCCACAGGCCCUCUGCACCAGAAGAGGUGCAUCGGUGAGAGGGGCUUUGGGCCCAUUUGGUUUGCUGGCUUUGGGCUCGAAGUGCAUGCAAGAACACACGGCGGUUUUCUUUAGGGUUUUCAAAGGUCACGACGACAAACCUGUGGUGCUCAUGUGCAGUGACCAAAGCAAGUCAUCUCGAAACAACGAGAACGAUAAAGCAUCUUACGGGACUUUUGUGGACGUAAACCCUGCUCAUGAGAAUCUCUCCUUAAGAACCUUGAUUGAUCACUCGAUAGUGGAGAGCUUUGGUGCACAUGGGAAGAGCGUCAUUACAGCAAGAGUGUACCCACUUUUGGCGGUAGAUGGGGCAGCUCACUUGUAUGCCUUCAACAAUGGAACUCAAAGUGUUAAGUUGAUCAAGGCUUCACACCCAGUUUACAAAGGCUAUCAAAGUCUCGAGACUACUCUUCCCAAAAACCAACCCUAUAGGACUGCCUUUCACUUCCAGCCUCCUCGCAAUUGGAUCAAUGGACCAAUGGUGUACAAAGGAAUUUACCAUCUCUUCUACCAAUACAAUCCCAAGGGUGCAGUUUGGGGCAACAUUGUGUGGGCACACGCAACAUCUUCAGAUCUGGUCAACUGGGAACACCAACCGGUUGCAAUCUCCCCAAUCGAACCGAAUUUGGACGUAAGUGGUGCUUGGUCUGGUUCGGCCACGAUACUCCAGGAUGGGAAGCCGGUCAUUUUGUACACAGGGGUCAACUCACAGAACCAACAAGUCCAGAACAUAGCCUUUCCCAAAAACCUAUCCGACCCGUAUCUGAUCGAGUGGACCAAACCGCUCCAAAAACCAAUCAUGGCACCCACUAUCCAGAACCAAAUCAAUUCCAGCUCGUUCAGAGACCCUUCGACCGGAUGGGUCGGCCCCGAUAACGUAUGGAGGGUAGUUGUCGGAAGCAAAAUUCGAAGACGAGGUGUGGCGAUCAUGUACAAGAGCAGAGAUUUCGUGCACUGGACCAAAGUCAAGAAGCCAUUGCAUUCAGCUCAGGGAAAUGGAAUGUGGGAGUGCCCUGCUUUCUAUCCGGUCUCUGUUGGAAGUCGAGACAGCGUGGACACUUCGAAGAGCAGCCACGAUUUGAACGUAAAAUACGUGCUGAAAGUGAGCUUGGACGAUAUUAAACACGAUUACUACACGGUCGGAAGCUACAGCUACCAUACGGAUACCUACACACCGAACAAUGGGUCGGUCGAGAACGGAUUUUCGGGGCUCAGGUACGAUUAUGGUAAGUUCUACGCAUCGAAAUCGUUCUAUGAUGGGGAGAAGAACCGUAGGGUGUUGUGGGGUUGGGUUAACGAGUCUUCGAGCGUGGAUGACGAUGUCAAGAAGGGCUGGUCUGGAGUUAUGGCACUUCCAAGAAGAGUAUGGUUAGAUAAAUCAGGAAAGCAACUCCACAUCUGUCCAGUCCAAGAAAUCAAGAAGCUACGUAGAGAUCCUGUGACCUUGACAAACCAUGUUCUCCAACCAACAUCGUUAAUUCAAAUCAACAAUGUCACAGCGGCUCAGGCGGAUGUAGAGAUCACAUUUGACGGGUUGGACUUGAGCAAAGCAGAGAUUAUAGACCCAAGUUGGAUAAGCAAACCACAGAUGAUUUGUCAAGAAAAGGGUACAUCCGUCAGAGGGAGUUUAGGCCCAUUUGGAUUGAAGGUUUUGGCUUCAAAAGGGUUGGAAGAGUACACUUCAGUGUUCUUCAGGAUCUUCAAGAACGUCCAAACGAACCAGAAUAUGGUUCUCAUGUGCAGUGACCAAAGCAGGUCUUCUCUAGAUAACGAUGUCGAUAAAUCAAAUUACGGGACUUUUGUCGAUGUGGACCCAGCUCAAGAAAAGCUUUUAUUGAGAACCCUGAUUGACCAUUCCAUGGUAGAAAGCUUUGCAGCAGAAGGGAAAGCUAGCAUAAUAGCAAGAGCUUAUCCGCAGUUGGCGAUUCACAGAGCCGCCUAUUUGUAUGCUUUCAAUUAUGGAUCUCAAAGUGUGAGGAUAUCGAAACUAAGCGCUUGGAGUAUGAAGAGAGCUCAAAUCACUGGGAAGCUUUAG